CAGAUGUCAAAAUAAACAUCUGUCGCCUAAAAUGCAAAUAAUUACGUCCAACUUUUGCAUGUUGUUGGUAAAACUGAAGUAGUUAAAAUCUUGCAGUCAGACUCAAGGAGCCAAACAAGAAGAGAGAUGGAAAAGGUUCUGUGGAUCCUCUUGGCUGCAUCAGUAGACGCCCAGAUCAGAUUAGUAGGACCGUCUCGGUGUUCUGGAAGAGUUGAAGUCUACUACAGUGGGAUCUGGGGAACAGUGUGUAAUGACGGCUGGGACCUCAGCGAGGCUACGGUGGUCUGCAGACAGGUUGGCUGUGGGUUGCCAAAGAGUGCCCUAAUGUUAGCCUACUUUGGUGAAGGAACCGGACAGAUCUGGCUUGAUGACGUGGCCUGUGCAGGAAAUGAAGGCAGUUUGCCUGAGUGCCCCCAUAACGGAUUUGGAAAUCAUAACUGUGGACACGGCGAGGACGCUGGUGUCAUUUGUGAAGAUGCCCAUUUCAGAUUAUCUGGUCCAACAAGGUGCUCUGGAAGAGUUGAAGCUUACUAUAAUGAUGUCUGGGGAACAGUGUGUGAUGACAGCUGGGAUAUGAAUGAUGCUACUGUGGUCUGCAGACAGCUGGGCUGUGGCCCGGCGCUGAGUGCUCCAGGGAUGGCCCACUUUGGUCAAGGAACCGGACAGAUCUGGCUUGAUGACAUGGGCUGUUCAGGAAGUGAAAGGAGCCUCUCUGAGUGCUCCAACCCGGGCUUCGGGAUACAUAACUGUGGACACAGUGAAGACGCCAGCGCCAUCUGUGCUGGUGCCCAGGUCAGAUUAGCUGGUCCAACAAGGUGCUCUGGAAGAGUAGAAGUGCUCUUCAACAACACCUGGGGAACAGUGUGUGAUGACAGCUGGGACCUGAAUGAUGCUGCAGUGGUCUGCAGACAGCUGGGCUGUGGACUGCCUCAGACUGCCUUCAUUGGUGCACGCUUUGGGGAAGGAACUGGACCGAUCUGGUUGACUAAUGUGGGCUGCUUAGGAAAGGAAGACGGUCUCACUGACUGUUCCCACAGUGGAUUUGGGAUGAACAGCUGUGGACAUGCUGAGGACGCUGGUGUUAUCUGUGGCCUCCCUGUUAGAUUAAUUGGUCCAGGCAGAUGUUCUGGACGAGUCGAGGUCUACCACAACCAGACCUGGGGAACAGUGUGUGAUGACGGCUGGGACCUGAAUGCUGCUGAGGUGGUCUGCAUGGAGCUGAGCUGUGAUAGGGCGUAUGGAGCUCCAGUUGGAGCCCACUAUGGUCCAGGAGCUGGGAGCAUCCUGCUGGAUAACUUGGUCUGUUCUGGAACUGAGAGCAGCCUGUCUGAGUGUGCACACAGUGGGUUUGGGUUACAUAACUGUGUACAUACUGAAGAUGCUGGAGCCCUCUGUGAAGGUAAGGACCAUUCAUCUGUCCAGAGCCUGGUAGCGUUUCAGCUUCACAUCAUGAUCCUCAGAUGUUAAUAAAUAUCUGUUUGUUCCCUGUUAUUUAUAUUCUCUUAGUGUUACCAUUUUAGUUCUUCCUGUUUGCUUCAGUUCUUGGUUUAUUCUUGUAUAUUUUGUAUUAUUCUGUUAGUUCUUCCUGUGUUCCUCUCUGUCUGAUCCUGCUCAUUACUCUUCUCUCCCUUCAUUGGUCUCAGCUGUUCCUCAUUUCCUCCAGAUACUCAUACCUGCAUCCUGUCAUGUCUCCAUUCAUGCUUCAGUGUUUAAGCUCACCUGUUGCAUUUGCUCCUCACCGGAUUCUCCUGUUUCACUCCCGUCUUCCUGCUUGUGAUUCCUCCUGUGCUCCUCGUUCUCUUCUCCUGGUGCCACCCUGUAAGUUCUACUUAUUUGUUAAUGAACUACUAUGUUCAUCCAACGCUCCCAUCUGCUCCUGGAUCCAGCUCCACAGCCACACAUCAUGACACUUCAGGCUGUUACGAAGAAAGUUGUGAGACUGAAAGUCCUGCAGAGCUCCUCUCUGGACCUGAAUGACCCUGCAGUGAUGGAGAACCUGCUGAAGCAGCUCAGAGAGAAGCUGCAGGUCCAGAAGCUGAAUGAAGACAUCAGACUGAGCUGGAUGACCUUAGAUGGAAAAAUCUUCAAAAAGGAUGAAGGACAAAGCUGAAGAGGAGACAGAAUAAAAUAAUAAAUCUGUUUCAGUUCA